CAUCUCCGAAAGAGUAAAUUUUUACACGUUGCGAAUGCAUUGCUCCCAUUGCUUCUCCCUCGUCCCUAUAUAUCAGCAGCAACUUCGAUCCUCCUCAUUUUUCAAAUUUCACCUCCUUCUCUCUCUCUCUCUCUCUCUCUCACGCCUCUUUCCAAGCUUGCAUUUUUCUUUUUCAGUGACAAAUGUCUGCGGACAAAGACGAGGACCCUCGCAUGUAUGGCAUCAAGUCCAAAAUCCGCGUCGUCCCUGACUUUCCCAAACCAGGAAUAAUGUUCCAAGACAUCACUACCCUGUUACUGGAUCCCAAGGCCUUCAAGGACACCGUCGACUUGUUCGUCGAGCGCUACAAGGACAGAAACAUUUCUGUUGUUGCAGGAAUAGAAGCUCGAGGUUUCAUAUUCGGCCCUCCUAUUGCCUUAGCGAUAGGAGCGAAAUUCGUUCCCUUGAGAAAGCCUGGGAAGUUGCCAGGCGAGGUCAUCUCUGAAGAUUACGUUCUGGAGUAUGGAAAAGAUUGCUUGCAAAUGCACGUCGGGGCAGUGCAACCUCAGGAACGAGCUUUGGUGGUUGAUGAUUUAAUUGCUACCGGUGGUACCCUUUGUGCAGCCAUGAAUUUACUUGAAUGCGUUGGAGCCGAAGUUGUCGAGUGCGCUUGCGUGAUUGAAUUGCCAGACUUAAAGGGUAGGGAGAGGUUGAAGGGAAAGCCUUUAUACGUGCUUGUGGAGUCCCAUUGAUUCUAGCAGCGCAUGUUGUGCUGUCCUUAGCGAAGCCUUCUUAGACGUGCAUUAGAACUGUAUUGGCUAUUGGUCACUUCUCAUCGGGACUCCAAUCUCGCCUUUGCUCUCUUCCGACCAUUGCUGAAUUUCGAUCGGCCUUGGUGAUUCGGUCGGACCAGCAUCGGUAAUUUUACCUGGCAAGAUCCUGGAAUGUUGUAUCGAAGAGCUUGUCUGGUCCGUGGGUACUUUUAGCUACUGUUUCUCAGGAGAAAAAACUGUAUUAACCUAAAUCCAUCAUCCCUGGUUCUAUUGAUGCGGAUCUUCUUAUUCAUGAACCGCAGCGUUGCUGAAUCUCAUCUCCAACCUUUGUCGGCUCGUAAACUUGUGUGGUAUCAAUUUAUAUCUCUGAAAUUCUGCAAUCAA